AUGGACCCAUACCGACACAGAAGUCGAAGCGGCGACAAUCGUGAAGGAUGGCACACAGACGGUAGAUGGGAACAAGAUCGUUCUGACUAUCCACCCGACAUCGAAGGACGGACUGAUGACCAUGCGCGUUCCAAAACAAAACCGUCUGACCAGCGAUACCAUAAUCGAUACGAUGAAGCAUCGGUUCCCCGACCUGAGUUGCCAAGAGAGAGAACCUCUUCUUAUGGUGACCCAUCUUUUCCUCGACCAAGACCCAAUUCCUCAGGGGACAGUCGAUAUUUGAGACCCGAUUCAGCUGAUGCAACUCGUCACUUGCCGUCAAGGAGUCCAUCUUCUCGUUAUACAACUGCUCCGAAUUCUCGAGUUCCUUCUACCCACUCUUCUCCUCGGGGAUCCGAUCAAAGUGCUCAACAAGGUUCAGCAGGCUACAAUGUUCCGGAAGGUAUGCAGAUUAUCCGAAUCCAAAGACCUAAAGUACCACCUACGUCCAUCGACGUACAUGGUCGACGGGAGUAUCCUGAUGACGGGGUAAGAGAGAUUUGGUGUUUAAGACCCAAAUCCAGAUACGAUUCUCCCAGUGAGCUUCUUGCCACUAGUUCAAGGGCUUAUCAGACUCUUAGCGAGCAAGGGAAGGAGGAGUGGAGAAGUGCCUGUUCAUGCGUUGACACCGAAAUCGAAGGUCGUUGUUCCAUGAUACACGAUACAAUUGACCCAAACACACAAGUGUCCACCCAUGAGAUACUUAAAUCAGAUACAAAAUUCUAUGCUAUCUGCGCCAUGUCAGCUGACGAUCCACGAGUAGUUGGUCUAAAAAAGAACAAUGUCCUUGAUCGGAGCAGAGAUACAGUACAGCAGCUCAAGAGGAGAUAUUCCUACUACACAGAAGAUCUCGGGAAAGAAUGGUCCAAGAUGAGACUCCAAUCAGGAUCCGCAAGAUUAGAAGAAGAAGGAAAUCUAGAACGGCUAAUGAUUCAGUUUUCUGAAAGAUUGGAAGACGAUAAAAAUCUACGCGCUAACCUCAAGUCCGCCGUAGACGUACAUGAGGCUGGUUUACUUUGGCUUGAUAAAUACGUACCAGUGGGUCAUGAGAACGAUGAACUUAUCCAAAAUGCCAAAAACCGGUUCGAACAUGCUCAGGAGAAAAUGGAACUGGGGACAGACGAACUUAGAGGAAAAUUGGAAAACGCUAGAUCCAGUUUAAGCGAGUAUCGUACUUCCUUGUCUUGGUUUCCUAAAGAACAUGAAGAUCUAUAUAGUGAGAGGGAUCGAGCACGUUCGAUAGUGCGGGCCUAA